AUGAAGGACCGCCACCUCUCGCUGAACCAGACGCAGCGGGUCCGCCUCGAGGCCGCGCUCCACGAGCUCCAGUCCCUUGCGCCCGCCGCCGCGUCCGCCGCCGCCGUCACCGUCGCGGACACCAUUCCCGUCAAUCAGGAGGACAACAUCCUCAAGGGGCACGGGACGUCGGACCAGGACGGGGAGGUGGUGGCGACGCUCUGCGGGGUGGUGGAGCGGGUCAACAAGCUGGUCUACGUCCGCACUCUCCGGGCGAGAUACAAGCCAGAGGUUGGUGAUAUCAUAGUUGGCCGUGUCAUUGAGAUUGCUCCUAAGCGCUGGAGGUUGGAGAUCAAUUUUAGCCAAGAUGCUGUUCUGAUGCUUUCGUCUAUGAACUUGCCCGAUGGUAUUCAGAGAAGGAGAACUGCUGUUGAUGAGCUUAAUAUGCGGAGUAUCUUUGAAGAAAAUGAUGUUAUCUGUGCUGAAGUUCGCGGUUUUCAGCAUGAUGGAUCUCUGCACCUACAGGCAAGGAGUGAAAAGUAUGGAAAGCUCGAGAGGGGUCAGUUGCUGAUGGUACCUCCAUACUUGGUUAAACGAAAGAAGCAGCAUUUUCAUCAUCUUGAGCAGUACAAUGUCGACUUGAUUCUUGGUUGCAAUGGAUUCAUCUGGGUUGGUGAGCAUGUUGUGGUGGGUGAAAAAACAAAACCGACAGGAGGUCAGCAGAGGUUCAGCACUGAAGCAGAGAAUUUUACCCCAUUAGAGACGAGGAAGCACAUUUGCCGGCUUGCCAAUGCUGUACGUGUGCUCUCAGCCCUAGGAUUCACUUCGACUGUUGAACUGAUAAUCGAGACCAUGGAAGCAAGUGUAUCAUCAAAUGUAGAGAUAAAUGACAUGCUCGGUGCUGAAUUUUAUGUCCAGACGGCAGAGAGAGAGGCUAAGCGUCGAGCUGAUCUGUUGAGAAAGAAGAAUGGGGCAAGGACUCUUGAGAUAAAAUGUUUGGUGGACGCUUAUGUAUGGAGUGAUGCAGAGGACCCCAAUCUUUAUGGCGAAUGGGAUUUUGAGGAGUGGAAGAAAGCGCAUAUGAAGGAUUUCCUUGCGAUGACGAAUGGUUUCAUGCAUGAACUCGAACAACUGAAUCCAAGACCGGGUGGAGACCUCUGA